AUGCUGAGCGUCCUGGUGGAUCUGAUGGGGCGCUACGACCUCUUCCAGAGCGGCCCGCUCGACCGCUUCACGCGCGGUCUCUGCGAGGGGGUUUUGACGGAGUCUCGCCGGCUCUCCUCGAGCGAGCUGGCGAAGCUCCUGCAGAACAUCAGCCGGCUGAAGCAGUGGGAGGUGAUCCUGCAGGUGGACGCGCGGAUGGGGGGGUCCUUCGACCAGGUCUUCCGCGCGGCCUACGCGCAGGCCGACCCCCACAGCCGCUGCGUCGCGGUCAAGGCGAUGUGCGCGGAGCGGGCGUUUUUUGUGCGCUACGAGGACUACGCCAUGGGCUACCUCCGCCAGGACAUCCACCUGCUCUCCCACGAGGAUCUCGAGGGGCUGCUGGUGGCCUGCCUGCACCUGCAGAACACCGCCGUCGUGGAGGAGACCCUCGACGCGAUCGGGACGCGGCUGAUGGGGGUGCUGGACCAGUGCAAGCGCAGCACCCUCGUGCGGCUCCUGCAGUGCCACGCCAGCUUCGCGAUCGCGGACGACGCCCUCCUCACCCGCGUCCUCGCAGUGCUGGAAGGGCAGUUCGUGAGCCGCGGUGAGGCUCGGCUGGAGAGCUCGCAGCUCCUGACGCUCCUGCAGUCGAUCGCGCAGCUCGACCUCCCGGUCCCCGCGCGGCUCGCGACGCUCUGCUUCGCAAAGCUCGAAAGGCAAAUCGACAAGCUCUCCGCCUACCAGCUCGCCCAGGCUGGGUUGCUCGCGAUGGAGCUCGAGAUGGGUUACACCCCGAGCAUUCACACCCUCGUGGUGCGAAUCCUGGAGACCCGAGAGGGCUACCGUUCCAGUCAGUUUUUUCGGGAGGUCUCCGAGCGACUCUGCGAUGAGUACGACGUCGAGGUGCCGGCGUUUUUGCGAACCGCAAAGCUGCGCGCUCGCCGCGAGCGGGAGCGGCUGGAGGAAUACUGGAAAAGGCGGCGUUUGCUAACUAAAAUGUGA